AUGGAAUUUAGUCACCAGCGACAUAACCCCAGCAAUGUCGGUAGUGUAUUGAUUGAACCUCCAAGCAACCUCUCUCCGACGUCGAUCCAUAGUCCUCGAAAGACGACAAGGUUUCACGGUGGGCGAUGUAUGACGUCGAGCACGCAAACCAUGGAUUGGCCACUGACCUACGAUGAAUUAGAUGACUCUUUCGGAAUGUCCGUCAAGGAUAUAGAAUAUCUGGACUCGGACGAGAGUUCGUCGUCGGAUUCGCCCGACAGCGAAGGUACGGCGACGUCCGCUGUAUCGGCACUUGACGCGAAAAAUCGUGUCUCAAGACCGAAGACGUUGGACCUUCGCCGAGAAGUACUGGUGUAUCGCACAACCGGUCCAACUCUCCCAAGGGAACACCUGAAGUUAAGGUCUACCAAAAGCCUAGAACCUACUCCAACAGGGCGAGAUUCCUGUAAGAUAAAUGGAGCUAUUAAAUAUAAGGAGGAACCCCCUUCAGGUCGAAUGACCGCAACGGGGCCUGGAUCUAGUCCAGCUUUGGUCACGAAUUCGACGGCUCUCCAGCUCCCAAAACCCAAGCAAAAGCUACGAGCUGUGCGGUCAUUGGAUACCACACUCCUGCACAAAACCGACAACAGCGACCAAGGAAAUGACUCCGACCAUUCCGCCAAAGCUUCAGGGGAUUCCUACAGUCCAUCCCCUUCGACAAAGCGUCGAUUUCCUUACCUUCAGAAGCUUGCCGCCAGCAUGCGAGUUGGUGGGCAUCACCACCAUCAGCAUCACCACAGCAGUAGCUCCACGGGGAGUUCACCGAGUCCCAUCUGCGAGAGUCCCGAUGGAGGUGUCUUUGACGACAGUCCCUUCUCCCCUUCCUCGCCGAAUCACCUAACCUCUAAAUCAUCCACUGAUAGUCUCACGUCUCCUUCUUCCCCUUCAGUAAUGCACCGGAUGAAGCUCCCCGGCUCGCCCAGUCAGAAACUCAACCCUAGGAAGCUAUGGCGUGGCAAGGGACAUCACCAACACCAUCACGGCAAGCUCCAGGCUGGGCCUGUUCUCACCAAUUCUUUCUGGGCCCCUGUGGGUAACUGCUGUUGGCAAAGUGUUACUGGUAGAAGGUUGCAACUCAAGUCUGGCGACAUUGCGGACAUUUCAGAGAUCGAAAGACGUCAUCUGCAAAAGGCCGCAUAUCACAGACUCCAAGCAUAUAAUGUAGGACCUAUCAUCUUGCCAAGAGAUCCUCUCCAAAAGCGACACAAGAAGGGUGGUCUGCUUCGAUCUGGGAGACAACGAACGUCGAGCUUUCUGGACAGCCUUAGGGAUAUGACAAGAGAUAAUAAAGAUGGUAACUCGGCGCCACUGGUUUUCGGCAUCGCCUUAGAGAAGUGCAUCCGAAACGAUCGAGAGAUGAGGCUGUACGAGGCAAACAAGCAGAGAGAAAGGCGGGAAAGUUUGGAUCUAGCCCAGCCACUUCUGACUCCCUCAACCGUCAAUCAUCUUUCCGAACAUUCCAUGGCGAGUUCAAACAAACUUGCUCGUUCGAUCAGUUCCCCGUCAUCAUCACGCAACCGCCACCCGACAGUCGGCACAGAUUCCAAUGCUACGCUACUCAAUGCGCUCUCACUUUCCACUGCAGCAAUGGAAGAAUGCCGGCAGAUGCGUCGCAAGAGCCUGGCGCCGCUCGAACCACAGGUUCCGAGGUUGGUGUCCCAGUGUUUUAAGCAUCUUGAGAAGCAUGGGGUUCGAGUAAAAGGCAUCUUCAGGGUCGGCGGAUCAAAGAAGAGGAUUCGACAGUUACGUGAAGACUUAGACGUUGGUGACUUGGUUCAGCUGAAUAGUUCGAUAUCACCGCACGAUGUCGGGGCACUGUUGAAGGAAUACUUCCGUGAUCUGCCGGAACCCUUGCUAACCAGAGAACUCUACACGGCAUUCGUUGGAACAGCAAAACUUUCCAACUCUAUUGAGCAGCAGAAAGAAGCACUUCGACUACUGGUGUACCUCUUGCCCAUUGCACACCGUGACACACUGAGGGCGCUCUUGUCUUUCCUCCGCAUCGUCGCCUUGCAUUCCGCCGACGUCAUAGAUGCGGACGGUCACGAGCAACUUGGGAAUAAGAUGGACUCCAUCAAUCUUGCCACACUGUUCGGUCCAAAUAUUCUCAGACGGACCAAAUCAGGGGAACUGAAGGGCGACGCCGCCGACCACAUGGAGGAGAAUCGUGACGUCAUCCAUGUCGUACAGCGGCUCAUCGACCAUCAUGAUGAGAUGUUCAUGGUCUCGGGUGAAAUGCACGAUGAGGUUCUCCGAAGACUUCAAGAUAUGGACGCAGAAGCCCUCGAUUAUCUCCUCAAUAAAAAGUUUCAGGGAUUAAGUUCGGAGGAAAGUGAAGAGGCUCAGUCAUCUGAACCAAUGGAAGCCAAGGGAGCUGAUGAGGAUGGCGAGUUCCACAUGUCUCAUUCUGAAAACAUUCUCGAACUUCACGAAUGUAACAACAUGGGUACAGACAUUUUCGAGUCCUCAGAUGACAUUUGUUUAGAGACACGCAAAGGAAAUCCUCGAGCCCACGAAUGGCUUCUCCGUGGUUCCGUCAAAGUGAGCGCGGAAGUAGCUCGUCAGAAGGCUAGCUCGUUACCGCGCACAGGGUCUGCCAGCGCAAGGACUACUGCCAGUGCGCGUAGAAACAAUAUGCUAGCUGAUUGUGAUGAAGUGACGAUGUUGGAUGCGUAUACAUUAUCGGAGCAUCCCGAGGAGCAAAGCGAGGGCGAUGAUAGCAAAAAUGAUUCGGUAGAGUCGUCACAGGAACAACAACCAGCCGGUGGAAUUGAAUUUAGUGCCCCGCCCCGGACAUCACCCUCUACCCACCGCCCACCACCUCGCCUUGUUAUCCCGCAGCAUAAGGGUCUGUCCAACAGUCGAAGCCCUUCGCCGAAAACGUUCCGCGUCACGUCGACGAGUCCGCGUCAGCGUUCUGUGUCACAACCACCCGAGUACGGCAGUGUCAAGCCCGGUAGCUCGAAAAAAGAGAGUGAUAUUUGGAUUCCUGUGUUUGAAACGCAGCCCACGGGCCUGUACUCACCCCAGAUGCCCAGGCGGUCGUAUCUAGAGCGGUCGCAGUGGUUCGACAAUUCCGAGGUUAACAACAAUUCCGUUGGCAAUCGGGAACCCGCGCCAGAACUGAAGCCGCGGACAUCAUCGCCUUCAGAAGAAGUCGGUUUAAAGACAAUCCACACUACCGUUACACCUACUCACAUCGAGUGGUCGGUGAGUGAUGUAAGUAAGGUGCGAAGCAACAGCGAGUUAAGUUCACCACCUAGCUCAGCUUGGUUCACACCUCCAAGCACUCCAGAUACCCCUAGAAGCACGGAUGCUGCAGAGGUCAGAGGGACCCCUCCUAAGGACACGAUGGUCGGGAACCCGGGCAGGACGGCACUUGCAAUGACGCGCACGUCCUGGGAUGCAUCCGCCGAUGAUGAGGAAUGGGUCAAACGGUGGGAAUUUCUGACCUCUGACGAAGAUGGCGAAUUCUGGGGCCAGGAAACAUUGGUGUAGAGAUCCCCUUGUCGGGAACCUAUUCUGGUACCAGUCUGUCCUUUCCACAGGGAAUCGAAAAUGGAAGCCUAGUCUGCAGCUCGGCAUCGACAUGUUUGAAAUCGAAGUGCAAAUGAUCAUUGCCAGGAAAUGAAUAUGCCUUCGAAAAUCUUGCAACCUUCGACAUAUACAACAAUUCCCCUAUACCUCUAUCAUUAUUCCUCGCCUUUGAAUUACAAUCAAAUCUAGCAAAUCCCUGCUCUUUAAUGCCAAACGAACAUUGUCAUCGGUGUUUUUCUCCUUUUCUUGAAGAAUUAAUCAAACUGAUACCAGGUGCAGAUGAUUGUAUCACGCUUGAACUCGUAAGUUACGUUAGAUCUGAGUUCAUGAACAUGAAAUGAUGUUGGGUAGACUAUUCGCUGUCGAAUAAGAUAGCUCUUUCGAUGAUGAGAUGGAGGUUAGCGAAGCAAGUGGAAAAGCUUACAAACUUACUAUGAAAAUUUACGAUUUACGAUUUUUAAUUUGUAUCUCUAUUUCUAAUUCUCUGAAGUCACGAUUAACGGGUACAUGUCUGUUGUAACAGUGAAUUUGCUUGAGGAUAGAGAACACAAUUAAGCGAAGUUCGCACUUGCGAUCUCGUGUGUUUGGUCGUUGCACGUCUUCGCGAAUCGCACGAUUGUUUGUUGGAAUGAAAAGUUGCACUGCGAUUUGUGAGCAAUGUGAGGUUAUUAACUAAAGGAAACGCUCAUGACCCGGUCUUCAUCUUAGGAAAAUGAAGUACGUUCUUGGAGGUAACUGCAGCAUUUGGUUUAAGAAGGUGAUUUGACCGGAAGAUAGGCGAUGCUUGUACUUUGUUUUUCAUGUGAUAUCGAUAUUGAUGGUCUGAAUCGGAUCUGCAAGUCGGCCAUCGCUCUCCGUUUUUGGAAGGUGAAGAUACAGGCCUCUGGGCAGACUUUGAAUUCCUGAAACGAACUCGGAGCUCGGCUAACUGAUCCUCCAUCUUUUCUUUUCUACCACAUACCAAACUGAAGCUCGAAUGCACUUCGUUCCACAUCGUUGACGUCCAUCAUGCUCAUGGGAUCGAACAUUCUUCUUUUAAAAGACAAAGCUUCUAAUGAUUAUGAUCAUCUAAUUGAUCAUAUCGAUCAUUUUCAUAUUACAAUACCACCAUGUAAUAUUGUAGUUGUUUAGAAUGAUUCUUAGGGUAUAGCAAUUAAUUAUUGCACAGAUCAUGUAGAUUGUACAGAUUAGAAUGAUAACAAAGGUCACAUUUUGUUAUUGUUAUAUUUCCUUGUAUUAUGAACUACCUGUGGGACAAAACUGAACGAAUGACCUACUAAGGAUCAUGACGAAUUUCCUGACACCCAUUAAAGAAGGCCCCAAACCAAGUAACUAUCAGAAGCAGUUGAAUAAUACUGGUCCGAGUAGCCUAUACUCGGGUAAACCACAUGCGGUGGUGACAGCUAUCACAGUGGACAGCAUACAUUGAAGAACAUCAUUUCAAAAACAGUGAUGGGAUGCAUGAUUUAUGUUUUAGAGAGACUGAUACUGAAAGUAGCCCUAUCUCUCAUGCUGACUAUUCUGAUGCGACAAGUAAGUUUUAAAGACACGGAAACACGCUUAUGUGACAAUGUGGUAUUCAGGAAAAAAAUUUAAAUAGAUGCCUGCCAUAGUAAAAUGAUUACGACUAUGACAUGGUAUGUUCAAAAUAAUAUAGGACAGGGAUUUAGGGUUAUGUUAUGGGUUGAUCGGCACUCUGCCUUGAGAUCCGUUUAAUCAAGAAUCAACAAGUUAUUUUAAAUUUUGGCUAUCUAUUCACCAAAACAUCGUUUAUUCCCAAAUCCAUUUGAUCCCAAAUUGAAGAUAAGAGGAAUGGUUUCCAUGUUAUUAUGUGCCAUUUAAGUCAUAAUAAGACUUUCGGUUGAAGAUGAAUCAAUGAUUAUUAUGAAAGUGGCAUUUGCUGCCUUAAAUCACGAGAUAUUUACCAGUUCCAAUGAAGAGGAUCAUUCAACUCAUUAAUGAAGGCGUCGGGUCAACUAUCGUAUUCUCCUCAAUUGGUCCAGAUCUUGUCAACAGAUGGCGGUAUUUUACGAAGAAAUUGUUUUUUUAAAGAACAAACGGUGUUUUACGACUCAACUCAGUACUUGCGUGUAAUAUUUUUUUUUACUACGUAUAUAUUUUGUGACUUAUAAUCAACAUGUGUGUGACUUUCCCGGCAUAUUGUCGAUACUAUGACGUUCAUACGAGGAUGCAUAGCAACAUUGUGGACGGAGUGUAUGAUAUUUGAAGGAAAAAUAUGAGAGUGCUGAAAAUAAAUCUUUAAAAAAAUGAAUAGCUGUGGCAAAAGGUAUGAGAUGACUGUGGAAGAGAUGACUCUUCCAAUAUGAUUUUAUGCAGAACGAUUUCAUAGACAUGUGGUUGCAUAAAGACUGGUUAACACUGCCAAAAGCUAUUACUAAUGUAUUUGAGAAAAGAUUUUUAAGCUUGAUUGCACAGGCGAGAGUGAAAAGUCGUUUUCCGGUGACAAUUGGACGAAACAAUACCUACAGUGUACAUUUUGAACUCAGUUUUGCAUUCUCUAAUUUUUAAGAAAUUUAUGAAAUCAACAUUUGUAGGUAAUAAGAAGUGUAAAAUAGUAGUUCUGUCAGCAUUAAGAAAGUAUGUAUGAUACUAUGGAACGCCGUGCGUGGAUUAUUUUCAUAAAUGCAUUAUUAUGAGCCGUGUUGAUCACGUGAUAAAUAUAUGGUUUAUGUUUUGUUCGAAGAACUAGCCAUUUUUUUCUUCUUUCUUUCAACAUUUCCUUAUAGAUAGAGAGUAUAUCAAAAGAGGUACAUCACGCUCCAGCUAUCGUGUAUUAAGUAGUUUUAUUAGAUAUAUAUAUAUUUAUAGCACAAGAAAGCGUCUAUGUGCCCCUCCGACUGCAUUCCUUUGUAAAGUUUAGUUCAGACAGUAUAUAUCACGAUAUUAUAGCUAACCACAUGACCCAUCAAAAUAUUAUAUAGGCUACUUACAAAAUUUUGAAAUCUAAAACUUUAAAACUCUCCGCUUUCAUAAAUUAGUUUUAGAUAAUUAUAAAACAUGUUCUUCGACUUGAAUCCAUUGAGAUGCUGCCGACUGCAUUGAUUGUCUAUCUAUUUGUUUCUUUUCUCUAUUUUUGUACAGUCUCUUGACUUGUCAUAUCUUAGUCUGUUGAUGCGUUCUCAUUUCCAUUUUGUGUUUCGCAGUUCUGUUUGCAUUCGUGGUGUGGAUGUGGUUUUAGCGAACAGCUAUGUUUUAUAUUGUUAGAUGAAUAAUGAUUUUUUUUAUAAUUAGUGUUCAGUUCAUACCAAAUUCAGUGAUGAUACUGCUCCGUAAGCUUUUCCAUGCAGCCUCAAAUGCUACGCUACCGUUACACCUCUAUAAUCAGACUGCCCCGCAUCUGCCCCGAGCCUCUGCGUGGGCAGAGUGUCCCGUCUUUUUUGUGAGCUGUAUGGGAAUCAAACCCAGCAUUAAAACAGGACCUCCACCACUGGGCUUACAUGCUAG